AUGACGGUCCACCUAACUAACCGUGCACUCUGUCUCCUGCUUCUUGUCCUCGGCUCCUCCGUGGCCUUAAGAGAACCAGAGGGUGAAGAGUGUUUAAAGGAUGUUGUUUUCAUCGUGGAUGUGUCCGAGAGCAUCACUGUUGAAUCGUUCGAAGUUCAAAAAGACUUUGUGAAAAACAUAACGUCAGAACUGUACAUGAGUGAAUUUAACGGUUCGGUCAUAGCAACUCUAGCGUUCAGUCGGAACGUCUUCGGAGCAGGCUUACUUCCCUUUAAAAACAUUACGAUCCUCCAUGAGGGUAUUGACGGGUUGCCUCACGAGAGGGAAGGUACGCACACACACCUCGCCUUACAGCGGGCCAGAGACAUUAUAACGGAGCAAGGCAGAAUCGGAGUGGAAAAACUUGUGGUCAUUAUUUCUGACGGAAAAUCCAAAUUUCCAGAGCGUACGAUUCAAGAGGCCAAUGCGGCUAAAGAGGAAGGUAUCAGCAUUGUCGGCGUGGGGGUAGAGGAUUGCCCUUGUGCUUCGAAUAUUCCGGAACUAGAGCGAAUCACGUCCCCUGGGAAAUUCUACUUGAUCAGAAGUCUUCAGGAGCUGUCCAGACUUGUAUCUACAAUAAAAGCUGAAAUCUGUGAUGGUAAGUAG